AUUCAGUUAGUUUUGUGCGCGUGCUGCGUGCUGUUGUGAAUAGCGCUUUUUCAGCGCGUUAUUACAUUUACGUAUCAUCAACUCGCCGAACGCCAGACGCCAGACGCCACACGAGAGGAAAAUUAAAAAAUAACUAGCGCACAAAAAAUUAUAAAUCUGCCCACGAACCGACAAACAAGAAAUCAAAGGGAAACAACAUUGUGUUACACGUUUACUUUGAACGUAUUUGUUUUCGUUUUUUUUUUUUUAUAUUUGAGUACUGCUUGUUGUUUUGCUGCUGCUGUUGCUGCUGAUUUCAAAUAAUUGUGUUUUUGCUGUUUUUCGGAGUCUCUGACACAAUUACUGCCACUAUUUGAAUUAUCGAUUAUUUGAUAAACAAAAUCAUAGGGUUCGCUCGGUAAUUGCAGACGCGUUUUGAAUGAGCACAUUUCUUUCCCGUUGAUGAAAGUGAUAAGUGCAAUAGAAAAAUACGUAAACUAACUGAAGAGAAUAGAUAUAAAGAAGCUAAUAAUUCUACGUAAAAUUUGUGAUAAGUUUUGAAAUAAAAGUGGAAAUCGUUAUAUAUAAUAUUUUGUGUUAUCGAAAAGUAUUAAACUUAGUAACUGUAAAUAAAUUAAUUUUAUAUUUACUACAAUAAAUAAUAUUAAAUCAUGAACCGGACUAGAAAAAAAAUUGAGCGUCCAAAAAAUCCAUAUACAACGGUAAAUCUUUUCUCACGUUGGAGCUUCUGGUGGAUGAGAGAUAUCUUUCGUCUGGGCUUGAAGGGUCCUCUUAGAGAAGAAGAUAUAUAUCAGAAUCGGGAAUCGUUGGACAGCGAGCGACUUACCGAUAAGUUCAGCAAGCUCUGGGAGGAGGAGCGUAUGCGCCAAAAGCCCAGUAUAUUGCGUGUGAUAGGACGUUCUUAUGGAUUAGUAUUUUUACCACUUGGUGUUCUUUAUUCCAUAACCGAGUCGAUUUGCAAGGCUAUACAACCGCUUUUGCUUGGUAGUCUUGUUGCCUACUUCGCCGAAGGUCAAACAUCGAUAACGGAAUUGGAUGCUUACAAAUUUGCUGCCGGCAUUGUGCUAUGCUCUGUGAUACCAGUUUUUUCAUUUCAUCCAUUCAUUUUUUACAUCUUCCAAGUUGGCACUAAAAUUAGAAUCGGCUUAUCUGGUCUCAUAUACCGGAAGUGUUUAAAAAUCUCGAAAAACGCCAGCAACGACGGUCUCCGGGGUCGUGCUAUAAACAUUCUCUCUAACGAUGUUGGACGAUUCGAUGUGGCAUUGGCCUUUCUGCAUGACUUGUGGAAAGGACCGACAGAGUCACUACUUAUUGGCUAUCUCAUGUAUCGAGAGAUCGGUAUAUCAGCAGUAAUUGGUGUGGCGUUCAUGUUGAGCUUUAUACCUUUGCAAGCUUAUGUUGGUAAACAGGCUGCCCACUACCGGCGAAAGACUGCGGAACGUACGGAUUUGCGUGUAAAGUUGAUGAAUGAAAUUAUUCAGGGCAUUCAGGUGAUCAAAAUGUAUGCGUGGGAGAAUUCGUUCGCUAAGCUAAUUGCGGAUAUACGUCUCAAAGAGGUGAGGGCGAUAAAGGGUACUUCAUAUAUUCAUGCCGCCCUUAGUUGCACUUCGAUGAUAUCACCUCUCUCGGUUUUCCUGGCAUUGGUAUCCUACAUUUAUCUCGGCGACUCUUUAACAGCGAAACGGGUGUACACAGUGUCUUCCUAUUUUAACAUGCUAAACGAUUCAAUGGUGCAUUUUUGGCCGUUGGCGAUAACAUUUGUUUCUGAAGCGACGGUAUCGGCGAAACGUGUGCAAGAAUUCCUGCAAGACGGAGAUGCGGCGGCAACUCCUGUACUGAAAAGUGACAAGAAACUUUCUGAGAAAAGGAAUAAUAACGGAAGUAGUGAGAAGGCGGAACUUAACGGUAAUGUGAGUGAAGGCGACAAAUUCUUGAAUAUCGUUAAUACCCGUGAAAUACAUCAACAUGCGGAAAGAAAGGGCGUCGAUAUUCGUAAUGUUAGUGCCACAUGGGAUGCGAUUGAGCCGACUGAUGGUAAAGGCAACGCAGCGCUUUCGGAUAUAAAUAUAAAUAUCGGAGAAAGAGCACUCGUUGCUAUAGUAGGCCCCGUAGGUUCAGGGAAGUCGACAUUACUGAAUGCGUUGCUCGGUGAGGUGAAGAUUAAUGCUGGACAAAUUGUGAUCAACGGUAAACUGUCCUACGCGGCGCAAGAGCCAUGGGUUUUUGAAGGCACCGUACGCGACAACAUCGUUUUUGUAGACUCGUACAAUGAAAGACGUUAUAAGAAGGUCAUAAAAGCAUGUUCACUUGAACGCGAUUUGGAACUAAUGAUCAAUGGCGAUCUGACAAUUGUCGGCGAACGUGGUGUGAGUUUGAGUGGUGGUCAAAAGGCGCGUGUGAAUCUGGCGCGAGCGAUUUACCAUAAGGCGGACGUAUAUUUACUGGACGAUCCACUUUCAGCGGUGGAUACACAUGUUGGAAAACAUAUUUUCGAACGCUGUAUUACUGAGUUCCUGGGCGACAAAAUUGUUAUUUUGGUUACGCAUCAACUGCAGUACCUUUUCGAUGUGGAGCAAUUGGUACUUAUGAAUUCGGGCCGCAUUGAGGCUCAAGGCAGGUAUCAGGACUUGCAGAGAAAUGAGAAAUGUAAAUUUCUAUUGAUGCAAGCGACAUAUGAGUCACAGAAUGAGACGACCGACUCGACGGAUGCGGUUAGCGUUGAUAGUCGUAUGUCGCGUAGUGAGUCGGAGAAGAGCAUGGAGCAUCACCAGUUACUCAAUGCGGGCGAAAUGCCUGUAGAGGACGAAAACCAGGAGCAACAAGCUGUAGGCUCCGUGAAAUUGAGUGUAUAUAUGUCGUAUUUCAAAGCUCUUGAAAGCCCUAUAUUACUAUUUUUAAUCGUGGGUCUCUUCAUAUGUGCCCGUUUCAUGUUGACUGGGGUCGAUUACUUUUUAUCCAGGUGGGUAAUUUGGGAGGAAAAAGUGGCUAUAAGUAAUGGCGAACCUUUGCGAAAGGUCGACGAAAACGUUACGCAUCUGGCGCACGAGACGUUAGGCAACCAUUCGCUGAAUCUCACUGAGCAAGAUGAGGAUGCAGUGCGACAGGAGCUAGUUAUUUUCUAUGCAAUCAUACUGGGCUCCACAAUGAUCGUCUACAUACUGCGCACUUUCGGCUUCUUCAGAAUGUGCCUUCGCAUUUCGCUUAAACUGCACGAUCGCCUUUUCCGUGGCAUUACUCGCACCAGCAUGCACUUCUUCAAUGUCAACUCAUCGGGAAGGAUACUGAAUCGUUUUGCUAAGGACAUACGCACGGUUGAUACCGACGUGCCACAUACAUUAUUAGACUGCAUUGCGUUCGCGAUUGAUGUAUCUGGUGUUCUUAUUAUUGUUGCCGUUGCAAAUUAUUGGCUCUUAGUGCCGGCCGCAUUUAUUGUGGCCUUUCUCUUUCUAUUUCGCUACAUCUACGUUAACACCAGCCGCAGCGUCAAGCGUAUAGAAUCAAUCACUCGCAGUCCAAUAUAUUCCCUGACCAAUCAGACAUUUCAAGGACUGAGCACUAUACGUGCAUUACACGCCGAGUCGGCCUUAGACUCUGAAUUUCACGAUUAUAUGAAUAGUAACACUUGUGCCUGGUUCCUGUUUAUCUCUUGCACGCGUGCCUUUGCGAUAUGGUCCGAUUUCCUCUGUGUACUAUACAUCGCUGCUGUGACUUUUAGUUUCUUGGUUUUAAAAAAUGAAUUCAACAGUGGUGAUGUGGGCUUGGCCAUAUUGCAUUCAAUAACGAUGAUUGGUAUGUGCCAGUGGGGUAUGCGACAGACGGCCGAAUUAGAAAACGAUAUGACCAGUGUGGAACGUAUUCUUGAGUACACACAGCAGCCACCGGAGCCAUCACUGCACACGGAUCCAGAGAAAAAGCCGAAAGGCGAAUGGCCUAGUGAAGGACGUAUUGAGUUUGUGGAUCUGAAGUUGCGUUAUUCCCCAAAGGACGCGUAUGUGUUGAAAGGACUAAAUUUUCUCAUAGAACCUCAGGAGAAGAUCGGCAUUGUGGGACGUACUGGCGCGGGAAAAUCUUCCAUUAUACAAUCCCUCUUUCGGCUGGCCUGCAAUGAAGGAAGUAUAAUGGUGGAUGGUGUUAACAUUGAAGGCCUCGGCCUUCACGAUUUAAGAAGCAAAAUUUCCAUAAUACCUCAAGAUCCCGUGUUAUUUUCUGGUACUUUGCGCUACAAUUUGGAUCCCAUGGAAGAGCGUAGCGAUGCAGAAGUGUGGAAGGCAUUAGAAGAUGUGGAGUUGCGGUCGCACGUUUCGACUUUGAUUGGCGGCAUAGCAUGUCGCAUGUACGACGGUGGCUCGAAUUUCAGUGUUGGUCAACGGCAGUUGGUGUGUUUGGCGCGUGCGAUUCUCCGAAACAAUAAAAUACUUAUACUGGACGAGGCUACAGCUAAUGUUGAUCCUGAGACCGACAAGUUGAUACAGAAAACCAUUCGUACCAAAUUUGCCAAGUGCACAGUGCUGACUAUCGCCCACCGUUUGCACACCGUGAUGGAUAGUGAUCGUGUUUUGGUGAUGGAUGCGGGGCAAAUGGUGGAACUGGGUCACCCCUUUGAGCUGCUACAGCGUCCUAACGGAUUUCUAAGACAAUUAGCAGACCACACAGGUUUUGCGAUGGCUAAUAUGCUGAUGCAAGCAGCUCAGGAGAGUUAUAAACAAAAGAAAAAGAAUAAAUGAGUAAACGGUGCAAUUCAAUUCAAUCAUUAAAGUAUUUAAUGUGAUAAACUAUUGUACUUUUGUAACUAGCCAUAGAUUAUUUACAAACGGAAAAAUGUGCUGCGGAUGUUAACAAUCUCAAAAGACGAAUUUUGUACUUACAUAUAUACAUGCAUAUGUAUAUACUCAUAUAUAUGUGUGUUAGCUUAUUAGAGAAAAAAUCUUAAGCCGAAAUAUAAAUGCCUAAACAUCCUAUGUACUUAGAUUAGGUACAUAUAUAUGUACAUACCUACAUUCAUGGAUAUAAGUCUACGAAUACAACUUAUAAUGAUGCAUAGUUAUGCAUGUUUCUAUAAUAUUUUAGGAAUAGUACUUAAAUUGUAAAGAUUUUCAUAAGAAGUUUUUGUGAAAAAUAUAUAUUUUGUACUGCUUUAAGCGUAAAUUGCAUUAUAUUUUUUAAAUAUACAUAAAUAAUCUAUACACUUUUGUAUGCAGAUCCUAAGAAAGAGAACAAAUUUCGUUCACAUGUCUUGAAAAAUCAAAAUAAAAAUAUUAAUCAUACGAGUAUAUGUAUG